CAUGUCCCCGUGCAGAUGGGACCCCCCCCUCUCCCCCUCCCCCCUUUCAGGCAAUGCGAGAAUUCGGGCGCCCCCCCUGGGACCCUCCCCCAGCACCAGGGACCCCCCCUGGAGCAGGAGAGCCGCCCAGAACCCGAGACCCCCCCAAAUGACGCCGAGGUGGCCGCCGCCCUGCAGGAGGCGCGACGGGCGGGGUGGGGGCGUGUCCCAGGCCCCACCCGCGCUCAGGUGUUGCGGGGGGCAGCGGCGGCGCUGGGGGGUGACAGUGACGACGGUGACAACGGUGACACCGGGCGCCUGCGGGUGGCGCUGCUACGCUGGGCGGCACGUGUGGAGCUGAUGGGCGGGGCCGUGCAGGAAGUGGCUGGUGGGCGUGUCCUGCUGACGCGGCAGCCGCUGGGCGUGGUGGGCGUGGCCUGGGGUGGGCCACGCCCCCUGGCGCGCGCCCUGGAGCUCCUCCCUCCCGUGCUCGCGCUCGGCAACGCGCUCGUGCUGCUGGCGCCCCCUGGCGGGAUCGGGCCCGCCCUGCGGCUGCGGCAGGCCCUGGUGGGUGCCGGGCUCCCCAGGGGGCGCUGUCGGUGCUGCCAGGGGGGGCCAGGGGGGUGACGACGCUGUCGCGACAUCGACCAGAUGGGCUGUGGCUCUGCGGGGGGGGGGCCGGUGAGUGUGAGGGGGGGUCCCCACUAUAGGGAACACCCCACUAUUGGGGUGUCCCCUGCUAUGGGGGUGUCCCCAGUAUGGGGGGGUCCCCGCCAUGGGGGUGUCCCCGCCAUGGGGGUGUCUCCCAUUAUAGGGGUGUCCCUGUUAUAGAGUGUCCCCACUAUGGGGGGGGUCCCCAUUAUGAGGGGCUCCCCCUUGGCCACCCCCCCGACCACCCCCCUUUUUCUGUCCCCCCCCCCAAAAGGAGCCGGAUUGGGCCUCGCUUGGGGGCGUCACCCACGUGUGGGUCCCAGGGGGGGUCCUGGGGGGGGGGGCCGGGGCAGGACCCCCCCCCCGGCUCUGACCUGGAGUUGGAGCUUCGGAGCAGCCGCCCCCGGAGCCUCUGGCUGCCCGGGGGGGGGUCUCAGUGACCCCCCCCCCCCCCCC